UUUUAUUAUCUAUGGUAAAUCCUAAUUCUUAAUCGAAAUCUACGACCGUAAACGACGAGCCCGGAGACACGCGUAGCAACGAAUUUCGCCGAUAGUUGGCAAUACUGCGGCGAGCCAAGAACACGCACAAUACUGAACAACAGACAACAGGUUGGCAGUUAUGUAUUACACGUCCUCAUAAAAAUUUAUGUUCUUGAUAUAAUAAUACUACGAACCAUAAAGAAAGAAGUCACUAAGUUGGUUUUAUCACUUAUAUAUCUGUUUAAUACAACUAUAAUCCAUUGUUGAAUUUUACGACCUCCGAACCUCCUGUUGAUGCUUGACAGAUAAUUGUAAGAGCUGUGUCUUAUUUUGUAGCAAAUGUAAUGUCUUAAGCUGUGAUGCGAGCACUAGAUUGACUCAUUUCAAUGGUUAACAUUUUAAUACCAGCCAUACUAUUUAUAUUAUAAAGUAAUAUAAGUAAGUCCAAUCAUUAUGGUGCCCGAAUUCAUAGAAACAUACACCAAACCUCAGAAGGCUGUUCAGACAUCAGCUAAAUUGAAACGAAAAAAUAAUAAAAACAAACCCAAGUUUGAUAAAAAAAAUGAGUUGAUUAAGUAUGGAAAUCAUAACAGAUAUGUUUAUCGUAAUCCAGAUGAUAAAGAUGUUAGGCUGAAUGUGUUAGCUUACCAUUUAAAUUUAUUUUAUGGUCAGGCUGUGUUGGAUAUUGGCUGUAAUAUUGGUCAUGUGACAUUUAGUCUUGCUAGAGAUUUUGGUGUAAAGUCAGUUGUAGGGAUGGAUAUCGAUCCUGAUUCAAUAAGUAUUGCACGUCAAAAUUUACAGCAUUACUAUAGCAAUCCAGUGCCAGGUAUGCCAAUAUCUGUAAGAUUUCCAUACAAUGUAUCGUUUAUAAAGGGAAAUUAUGUACUAAAAUGUGAUAGUCUACUUGCAAGAGAAACACGUAAGUACGACGUUAUUCUCUGUUUUAGCGUUACAAAGUGGAUUCAUUUGAACUGGGGUGAUGACGGUUUAAAAUUAGCAUUCCAACGCAUGUAUGCACAGUUGCAACCUGGUGGAGUACUUGUGGUAGAGCAUCAGCCAUGGAAAUCAUAUGGUCGUAGAAAAACAUUGACAAAAACCAUUUGGAAAAAUUACAAAAACAUAAAACUGAAACCUCAAAUGUUUGCUGACUAUCUGUUGAAUGAAGUUGGUUUUGCCCACUGUGAAACUCUUACCAUGGUUUAUGAUCCAACUGGAGGAUUUCACCAUCCGCUGAAUGUGUAUAGAAAACCUUACAUUAUUUUUAUUUAGGUGUAGCCAGACUUUUAUAUCAGGUGUUGCUGAAAUGUACCAAAUGUUUUCAAAAUUUGAAUUUUUUUUUUUUAUCAAAA